AUGAUGAGUGUUGCAGAGGAAAUCUUCUUGGGUUUAAGUGGUCGACCGAAAAGCUUGUCGAAUCUUCAGUGGCUUCAUUAUGAUGAUGAAGGAUCAUUUAUAUUUGAAAAAAUCGGUCUUCAAGAUGAAUAUUAUGUGGCACGAGCAGAACAUCGUAUUUUCGAAUUAUAUUCUGGUGAUAUUAUUGUUAAAGCAGCAGGUAACGAAAAGAAUCGUCUUCGUAUUGUUGAACUUGGAUCUGGUACAGCUAAGAAGACAAGUAUUCUUCUUCAAGCUGCUUUAAAAUAUCAAGGAGGUCCUAUUAAUUAUUUACCUAUUGAUGUAUCAUCGAUAGCACUUGAUGAAGCUCAAUUAAGUUUAAAACAUCUCGCUCCCGAUGUAUGUAUAAUGCCACAACUUAAAAAUUAUGCUACAGAUGAUUAUAUUCUUCCAAGUUUUAAUGGAUGUACACUUGUUAUGUAUAUUGGUAUAUCGAUUGGAAAUUCUUCGGACGAAGAAGCAAAAAAUAUUCUUCAUCAUGUUUAUGAUCAAUUAAAAGUAGGAGAUGCAUUAUUGCUUAGUAUUGAUGCAUGUCAUGAUCCUACUGUAUUAUUAUCUGCGUAUAAUGAUAAAAAUGGUGUUGUUGGCAGUUUUCAAUUGAAUGUUCUACGUCGAUUAAAUCGAGAAUUUGGUUAUAAUUUCGAUCUUGAUCAAUUUCGUUAUCAACCUGUAUGGAACAAGCAUACUUCUCGGGUAGAACAACAUCUUCAAAGUUUAUGUUCACAACAGGUGAAAUGUAUCGAUCAAUCAGGGGAAAAAACUGUUCAUCUAGACAAAGGUGACAUGAUUAAUAUGAUAGAUAGUCAUAAGUUCAGUAUCGAAGAAAUAACUAUGCUUCUUAAUAAUGCUGGUUUCAUCAUUGAACACAUAUGGAAUGAUGAACAUAAAUGGAUUAAUAUUAUAUUAGCACGUAAAUUAUCAUUGGCAUGUUAA